AAGGGGUGAAAUAUGUGUAAUCCCUGGUGAUGUUUACCUCAGUUUGGAUAUGUAAGUGAAGUUGAUUCCAUUUAGUGGCCAGGAAAGUGAAUUACACAAACGAGUAGUGCGCUGAUAAUCAUCUUAUCCUGGUGAAGCUCACGGGAAUUCAGCUGUGUAAAUGAAUUCAUAUUGUUUAUUAAUCUGUCACUUUGUGUUCUUGAAAGGUCAAAGGCCACUACUACGAAACGGACAUGUUACUCUUUAUACACAGGAACGGAAUUAUAAUGCCACAGUAGCAAUUAUUUGUAGUACUUAACAGUAAUUCAAUUUCCAGAGCGUAUUAAUGUACGAUGACUAAGGUUAUGUCGAAAUCACUGUCGUUGCGAACUUCAUUAACCUCAAGCAAUCGCUACGAUUAAAAGACUCGAGUAAUCGACAACUGCUGAUGAAGUAUGUUGUAAGUGGAGAACGAUAGAACGUACCCGGACAUUAUAAGUGACAAAGGAAAAUGUGUGUCAUCGAGGGGAAAAGUACGUGAAGAAAAUUAACUACUCUUUAUAAUUCGAAAAAUUAGAACGUAACUAAAAUGAAACUUGUUUGCAGGCCAACGAGACUGAACAUAAAAGAAUAGUGAGAGUUAAACAAGCAAAUGUUAAUAAACUAAAUUUUCAGAUCGUAAAUGCAGUGGCCAUAUUGUGAAGCAGUUGUACCCGUGUUAUUAACUAUCGUGUGGUGGUGAUGCAUGUUAUGUUAUUUAUUAUCUUGUGAGGACAUUGCCAGAAGUGGAAAAGACGAGAAUUCUGCUACAUGAAUCAGUCACACUAGACGGAUAUUUGGCACCACGUGAUGAUUUGACUAUUGUGUGGGAUGCAGAGACGCACGGCUCACAAGACGGAGAACGCCUUUUGGGUACUGCGAGGCAGCAAACUACUGAGUUGGUCCAGCCACCGGGUCGCCAUCUUCUGUGACGUCAUACGUUCUCAUCGCAGUCGUAGGUACCAGCAUCUCCGAGCAGCAAACAACGCAGAAGUCCUACGCCGAUAGCUCGUCGCCCUGGGAACGUCAAACCUCGGAUCCGUCUGACGGGAACCCACAGACCAUCAGUAAGAUGUGAGAAUCUUCGGCCAGCGUCGCGGGUGAGAAUUCCCUCGACGGUCAGCCCGUGGGUACUCCUGUACCAGGUAGGAGCAUCGUCACUUAAUGCCCACCGCCUGACGAAUAUGUUGACGUCGGUGUCCUGACCCAUAACAGUCAAUGUCACUGGCUCCUGUAUUCAGGACGACGUGUCGUUUGGGCCUGGAAUCCGUACGAAUCGCUUGUCUGGGUCCUGCGCCCUCGAAAUACGAGCCCGUGCAGGAUGUAAAGAUCACGGUGGCGAGAGGGGAAGUGGCGGUAAAGCUCCGCGCUGUCUUAACCUCGUAUUAAGAUGGAGGGCUGAUGUAGUGGUCUACCAACCAACCAACCAAAAAGGUAACUAAGGGCAGAGUCUUCUUGUGCACUAAACGCAUUGCUUGGGAGCGAACCCCUCGCAGAGAUCAGCCUAGAAUUCCAGUCCGUGUGCUUCGCGUUGAGGUCACCAGCCACUAGGACUGGGAUCCCCCCGCUCAGGCACUCGGUCCAGGGCCGCGUAGGCGAGAGAUAUGCCACCACGAGCUUCACUGUCCUGGUCGCCAUCACUAGGUGAAUGGCAGAGGCCUGCAGGAGCUGCAGACCCGUGCCCCUGCGGACGAGGAUCGCUGUGCCUCCCCCCGGCGUCGGGCGGUCCAUCCCCGACCCGACGCUAGAUGCGUCUCGUUCAGGAGGCAAACAUCGACACCGAGGAACUGUUCCAGCUCCACCUUCCUGCCGGGAACACCAUCGGCAUCCCAAAGCUUUUCCCCCGUACGUCCUAGGCCUCGUACUCAUACUCUGCUACGAUGAGGAUUACGGUUUUGAGUAGCUGUCUUGCUGAAUAGGGUCUGAAGGUCUAGGAGAAAAGGAACUGGCCAAUCACAGUCGAGGAAUGAUCCGACGGUGAAUAUAUGGACUGUAUCUUUUGUUCGACCGUCAGCUAUGUCGUAACCACAUACAAGAUUACGUGGCAUUGCAACGCAGAUGAUUACAAUCGAUUUCCAAUAAUCGUUACAAAUCAUCCAACUGUUCAAGGCCACAUAUUCCAUAUGGUUUUUAACGGCUUUGUUAGAAAGACAAGAAUUACAUAAAUAUCAAGAGAGGUUUGAUUUUAUACAAACCAAACGAAACCCGUUAAAAGUAACUUCGUCUUGUACGAACAAAGGAGGUAUAGUAACUAUGAUACGCAACAACGGGUCGUGGACAUUCUUUAAAUUUACUUUCUUUGUUAGUUAGAUUCCAACAUAAAUUAUACAUCACCGAAAAUAUUUGUUUUUUAAUUUAAAACAAUUGCGCACUCUUGUGCCAGUGUUUAGAAGCAAUUUGAGAUGAAGUGUGCUCUUACGCGGAUAACUGUUCUGCACAUGUGUGUUUACGUAUUCAGAGGCAUACAACAUUGAGAUGGCUGCUGUUAGGUGACAUAGGAUUCUACACCGUUAAUGUAUCCACAUAAUAGAGAGAAUGGAUCGUAAUUUUAGUGACAUGUACCAGAAAGAUGCAGCAGCAACCUGCAAUACCACUACACUAGGGACUCUGAGUGGGAACGAUAAUGUGACAAGCAGCGAUCAGCUGGAAUCGGACGUCUUGCUGUCAAUUAAACAAGAGCAAAUGGAUGAAGACAUUCAUUUCUCUGAUGGCACUCCCCUUGGAGAUGGUAGUAAGAAGUUCUUUGAAUUGACACCAGUGGAGGUUGAUGUGCGAGAAUCAUUUACCAACUAUGAUGCUAAUACUCAUCAGGACAACAGUGAUGACCGCAGCACGCGCACGGAGCGGAAAAUGUCGGGAAAGUGGUCCGAGGAGACUACUCUCAAAUUCAUUAAAGAAUACAGACAGCUUGAAUGUCUCUGGGAUGUCAAGUCUCCGUCGUACAGGAACAAGGCCGUGCGUGAUGCUGCGUACAUGAAGCUUGCGGAUCGCGCCAGCUUACCUGGCUUCACUGUUCAGGAGGCUAAGAACAAGAUCAAGAACCUGAGGUCAACGUACAGUCAGGAGUUGAAGAAGGUGAAGCACUCUAAGAAGUCUGGUUCUGAUGAAGUAUAUCAGCCUUCACUAAUUUGGUACAAGGAGAUCGAUGCCUUCCUCGGUCCUGUCAUCGCUAGUAGGGACGCACAAGCACCGACAGAAGCAGAUGUCACCUGUGUGAUGGAAGAAGGCAUCACAGAAAAUGAAGACACUUUGGAGGGAAACUUGCAGGGUCUCUCCCCAUCCCACUCACAACUUUCAACACCCACAGAAUCUGCCGAUGCUCAAUCUGACAGGAAGUCAGUUAAGCGAAACCUUCCAAAUCCUCCACCGCAAACCAUGCAGUGUAAGAAGAAGAAGAUAAUGCAUGGAAGUCAGAUGACAACUUCAUCUGUAAGUCAUUUUAAUCAUUCCUUUAAUUCCAGCAAGAAUGACGACGAGUUUGAUGCAUUUGGCAGAAGUGUAGCGGCUCAACUGAAGAAGUUUUCUCUGGCUGGCGCGUUGAAGACGCAAGUGAAGAUUCAGUCUCUCCUCACACAGGAACGUAUCAUAGACGCAGUGGAGUCAGAAUCCAUGUCGCCAAAUGAGGAUUACAACAUUACACACACCCCACUCACGCCCGUGUCGCACCAUAGCCAGAGUGAAAUGACGUGUUGCAACUGCAUUCACGAGGCGUCACAACAAGUGUACGCCACAAGUGAAGGUCUCGAUGAUAUAAACUCAACUGAUAUCUUGUCCCAGGCUGUUAAUAGCAUCUUGCCUGAAUGAUAUUUCUUUGUCAGAGUUGUCAGGUAAGUUCUGCAGUAUCGUGCUGAAAGAGACAAAAUAAAUUUUAGCCAUUCAUAACUAUCACAGAAAAUAUAGAAUGGCCCUGUGAAUGCAGCCAUUACAAAGAAUGAUGACGACAGAAAAAAAUUAUUAUGAACUUCAGAUGAAUGUGAAAAUUUAUAUCUAAAUUAAAGUGGUAUGAAUAUUAAAGUUACUGCUGAUCAUGGUUUUCACAAGGGGGAUGGGGGGCAGACUGGCCUGGAUUGAAAACUUAUAACUGACCAAAGACUCUGAGGCUUAUAAAGCCUUCAAAUGUUGUAAAAUUGUGAUUUUUAUAUUAAUUCAUAUGGAAAUCAUCUAGAGAUAUGUUAUAUCUACCAGAAUACACAGCGUUUACACUUUUUCUUCCUUCAGAUUCUGAAUGUUUGUAGAUUAAAUUAUACGAAUACUGUUCCAUACAUAAUCUAUACUAUGUACAUGUCACUAUGUGUAUCAUUUACACAAGCGUAGCAUUAGCGUGUCUCUUCAACAUAAGAUUUACUUGUUGACUAUUACCUACUUGUCUUCUAAUUAACAAUAUAAAUUAGUGAAUAACAAUCUAAUGUAGAUUAUAUACUUUCCACAAUUUUCACUGAAAUGCAUGAACAUAUAUGUUUUAAACUUUGUUUUCUUUCUUCUGUGUCAUUCACUCAUAUAUCAGAAACUGAUUCUUGAGAGAACAUUUUAGGUUCAGAAGGCCUUGACUUUGUAUUGCAAUGUGCAGUACACAAUAUUUAUUGAAGAUUUCUUAAUCUGUAAGUUUUAAAGAGAAACAUAUUUUUAAAAGAUGAUGUCAGUAAUCUGAUACCUGUAGUUUCUAACUGUACAUAAUAAAAAGUAAAGCGUCCCGCUACACGCCUUUGUAGGCGCUUGGAGGUAGCGGAGGUAUA